AGAAAAAGUGUUACUUUCAGUACUUCCUUUUAAGGACACGUCAUUAUCAUCCAAUGAACACAUGAGGCAAUUCUAAAAGGUUGCAAAAGGGGGGGCUUGCUGUGUCUUCCUGUCUUCAGUAUAGAUUACUGACAGCGUUCUGUGAUUAUGGAUCACUGGAAACUCUGGCUUGUUCAUCUUCUCCCACUGUGUUUCUGUUUUGACAACGAAGUGACUUUUGUGACAACCACAGGGAGGGAUCCAUAUGUGGCUCGGCUAUGCACCAUUGACUCCUGGCGUGAUGGCACACUUAUCCGUUGUAAGAUCAGUAGAGAAAGGAGAAGGGGAGACGACUGUUUUGUGGCGUAUCCUCCGGGUGGAGAGGACUUGUUUACAAUAUGUGAAUCUAGGUUCACUUUAAUGAUGGUGAAUCAGACUGUAUUUCUCCACCUGACUGGGUUAACACCAGUGGACAGUGGGAACUACAUCUGUGUGUGUCCAUAUCCUGAUGGAAAAGAUAUUCUCCGUCUCAAUAUCACUGUGGAAGUGCUUAGGUCCAGGAUACUGCUCAUUACUAUGAUUGGUUUUGCAUGCAUCAUUGUGUCCGUAGUUGCCAUUGGACAUAUCCUGAGAAAAAAACAUUGCAGACACAAUACGAGGUCAGGAGCACCUGUCUGUGAAACCCCCGUCUCUUUGGACCAAAAUGACCCAGAUGACCCCGAUGACCCCUACACAAGCCUCCAGCAGCCAGCCGAUGAUCUCUACCAGACCUUCUCCUCGGUCCACCGUCAACACGACAACAAGAGGAAUUCAGCCAGCAACAGCAUAGUGACUGUCCAUCUGGGUAAUGAGGAAAUAGAUGAAAGAGAGACUGCAAUCUAUCAAAAUAUCUGAAUCCAAAAUCCAGAUAACAUGACUGUACAGUAUAACUGUACAGUAUGUUGAAAUGUUUUUGUUAUUGCCAUACAAUAAUUUCUCUUGUUUUAUACGUGUCG